UUUCCAUAUUUCUGUAAAGAGGAGAAGGCAGUGAGAGAGGAGCGAGUGGGAACGGGGGUGUCGAAGAGAAAAGGUGAAGCAGGAGGAACCUGGACUGAGACCGACAGUUAGAAAAACUUCUCGGGAUUUUUUUCCCCCCACUUUCCAGCAUUUUCCCAGGCGACAGUCGUUGUGAGCAGCAGCGGUAAAAUGCCGCGGGCCUUUCUGGUGAAGAAGGCCAACGUUUCUCCAGGUAAACGGAACUGGAGCGAAGUGUCCGACCAUGAACGAGGAGACGUUUACAUCCCAGUGUCCAUCUUUCCUUCGUCUGCUCUGAUGAUGGAAGCUGAAGCCAGUCCUGCUGAGACCAUGCCCCUCUGUUUGACCAAACACCCAGUGUCAGAUCCUCAGACUCAGGCUGAACUGCCGUCCAGCACCGUUCUGGGUCAACCUCAGGGUCCAGAAGCUGCUGCCCCAGAGGAGCGGACUGAGGUCAGGAGGAGGACACAGGGAGGGUCUACCUACAUCAGGUCCAAAAUCAAGGUGACUACAGGAGAGUUGCCGUCAGACCCUACUCCACUUCCCCUUGAUUCCUCAUCUCCUUCCUCCAUCUAUCAAACCCUGGAGACAACAACCACCAUCCCAGUCUCCAUAGCAAACAGGCCCACAAACCAAUGUUCAGCCACAUCAUCUGGACUGUUCUUAUGUCAGAUUUGUCAGAAAAGCUUCCAUCACCAGCGGAUGUUGAACAGACACAUCAAAUGUCACAAUGAGACCAAGAGACAUUUGUGCACCUUCUGUGGAAAAGGCUUCAACGACACCUUCGACCUAAAGAGACACGUCCGCACCCACACAGGAGUUCGUCCGUACAAGUGCACUCUGUGCGACAAGGCCUUCACUCAGCGAUGCUCACUGGAGUCUCACAUGAAGAAGAUCCACAGUGUCACACUCAAGUACGCCUACAAGGAGAGACGCAACAAGCUCUACGUGUGCGAAGAGUGCGGUCACACGGCGGCCACGCAGGACGAGCUCCUUCUCCACCUUCACUCACUUCACCCGGACAGUGCUCUGCUGAAGGGGAAGACAACAAAGAGAGGAGCAGAGGCGGCAGGGAAAGACGAAGGUUCAGUGGGAGGAUCGGCACCGGGGUCACCUCAAGGAGCUGACAGUGACGAUACCACUGGAUCAGCAGAACCAUAGAGGAGUCUGAGUGGGGUGGAGGACUGAGACAGAGGGAGAAGUUCAAGUUCCAUUGUGCAACAUUUAGUGGUGUUUACUUUAACAAGGAUUGAUAAUAAAGUCUGUCUACAGAAGUGGAGCGAUGACAUACAAUAAAAAUGGUUCCUAUUGGUCUUAGAGGCCACAUCAGGUGUUUUAUGUUAUCUACUUAUAUACAACUGUUCGAUUAGUGUACACCAACAGCAUGCCAUGCUAACAAAGUAUAAACACCUUGAACUCAAUUAAAGGAAUUAAAUCUUGCAAGUGAUGAAAACCCAAUUUGUAAGCUGCAGUGGAAGAGGA